CAUAAAGCUAAGGAUUUUAGUUUUCAGCAUAAUGACGGGAGAAGAUGAAAUUAUUAUCCAUGGUCCGCGAGUUACAGUUCCGAUAGCAUACGACUCUCUGGGAAUACAAUUGUAUAAAGCACUAAAUGACAGAGAAGAAACGCCCUUAUUUAUAGACGCAUUCUCUGGUGAAUAUAUGACGAGCACUACUCUACUGAGAAAUUCUUGUUUUUUGGGUCAAUGCUUACGAAACUUUGGAUUAGCGAAGAAUGAUGUAAUUGCAGUUUGUAGCGAAAAUCACGUGCAGUUUUUCGAUCCUGUCUUAGCUGGAUUGUAUUCGGGCAUCAUCGUUUCCCUUUUUAGUCCACAUUACACCGAGAGGGAACUCCUUCACGUUGCCAAUAUUUCGCAGCCAUCAGUAAUAUUUUGCUCCACUGAAGCAAGUUCCGUAAUACUGAAGGUGAAAGAUAGAUUGAAGAGGACUCCUAAAGUUGUAGCCAUCGAUGCGAAGGCAGAUUACGGAGGGUGUCAGUCGAUUCAAAAUUUCAUAAUGGAAUAUGUACCAGCAAGUUUUGAUGUAAGCACAUUUUCUCCGUUUCCGGUAAACGUUAAGGAAUAUGUUGCAUUUAUUUUAUAUUCAUCGGGAACAACGGGAUUGCCAAAGGGCGUCAUGUUGACGCAUUUAAAUUACAUUACGACUAUUACAAUAAAUAAGCCCAGAAGGGAUCCGCUCAGUGAAGUCAGUUUGAUAAUUAUACCAUUAUACCAUGUGUAUGGGUUGUUCCUGGGAUGCCUAAGAAUUUCUGGUGGAGGAAAAGGAAUAGUAAUGAAGAAGUUCGAUCCAGACGUCUACCUGAAAACAAUACAAGAUUACAAAAUCGAAAGGCUGUCCAUCGUACCAUCGAUCGCAAAUUUUUUAAUCAAAAGUCCACUGGUGGACAAAUACGAUUUAUCAAGUUUGAAAACGGUGUCUUGCGGCUCUGCGGCGCUGACCAAGGUUGCUGAAGAAGCGUUGACUAAGCGGCUACAUGUGAGGGAUAUUCGACAGUCGUAUGGCAUGACAGAAUCAACUCUUUCCGUAAUAGGCGAUUCGAAGGACAGAACUGCAUCAGGUGCAUGCGGCCGUGCCAUGCCAAAUACGUCAGUAAAGAUAACAGAUGUCGAUACGGGAAAAUCUUUGGGUCCGAUGGAAGUUGGAGAGUUAUGGUGUCGUGGAGACGUAAUUAUGAAGGGAUAUUAUAAUGAUCCUGAAGCUACGCGAGCGGUCAUUGAUGAGAACGGAUGGCUCCAUACGGGAGAUAUGGCUUAUUACGAUUACGACCACGCAUUUUACAUAGUGGACAGAAUAAAAGAAUUGAUCAAGUGCAAAGGAUACCAGGUUGCAUCAGCUGAAUUAGAGGCCAUACUAGUAAAUCAUCCAAAAAUAGCGGAUGCUGGAGUAAUUGGUAUUCCUCAUGAUAGAGAUGGAGAAAUACCCAUAGCCUUUGUAGUAAAAUUGCAAGGAAUAGAGUUGACAGAAAAAGAAGUGAAAGAAUUUAUUAAUGGGCAAGUGGCACCGUACAAACGUUUACAAAGUGUCCAUUUUAUACUCCAUAUUCCCAGAACUCCUGCAGGUAAAAUUCUUCGUCGACAAUUACGAGAUGCAAUUCAUAAACACAAGUCCCAGUUGUAAAAAUAUAGUGGCCAGAAGAAGUAGUAACUGCUCAUUGGUAGCUGCGGAUCUCGCGGACAACAAAACUGAUUUGAGCUUGGAAUAGCUGUACCUAGACUUCACGAUUUCGGCACAGUCAGCCAAAUAUCGAUCCUUCCACUAGUAUAAUUAGUAAUGUAACGUGAUUUAUAAAUUAAAGUUCGAUUUAUAUCAAUAUUUAUUAAACAAAACUAA